AAUUUUAUGGCAACAAGUAGAAUUAAAAAUACUGCUCACAGAGAACCAAUUGACCAAAAGGUGUUAACUUUGGCUCAAAACAUCUUGACUUUAAGGGACGUCCGCACUAGAAAAAUUAAGGAAGAUGUUAUUAAAGAACUGGAAAAAGCCAAAACUACUCCUUGCUUUUUUUUAAGGGCUGGUGACGGUAUGAUACACUUUGUUUUUCAACCGAGAAACAUGGAUGAUGGUGAACCAUCAGGGGUAGAUUUUUUUAACCCUGGUGUAGUUUUAUUUUUCAAAGGUUGCGAAAGGGACGAUGUUUGGUUAUAUCAUCCUAAUGUUAUGUCUAGUCCUGGUCGGGCUCGAAUAACUCGAAGUCAAUUAAUGAGAUACAGGCCAGAUGGAGAAGAAUAUCCCGAUGUUUGUUUUUCUUUUUGUGGAGAUUUAAGACGGCCUAAAUACACUCCCAAUAUUCUUAGAGGAACCGACAAGAUUCUGGUUUCCGAUGCUGAAACUGAAUUUAAGGAAGGACACUUGCCUUGUAGUUCUAUUAAACCCGAAGGUUGUAAUGAAUAUAUUCCUGAAUUAGCUUUAUUACGAGAAGGAACUAAAGAUGAUUUAACAAAAUCUUUGGCUUCUCCUGAUAAUGUUUAUUUCUUUUUGUAUCCUCAAGACCAUAAACCUAUGAAAGAUAAAUGGUAUUCUUCUUUUUACCAACCGAAUGACAAGGGAUAUGAUGGCAAGCCUGCUGCUGGUUGGGAUAAUGCUUAUCAGGCUUGGUUGCCUGGUUGCUUUAACGAACAACCUCAUCUGAUUGCUGCUGAAUACAGUUCAGUCCAGUUUUAUUUCCAAAGAAAACUAAUAACUUCGGCUAAUCUAAACCAAGUUAUGAUUUAUCAUGAUGAAGGAGAUGGUAAAUUAAAGCACGGAAUUAAGGGUAAAAAAAGAGGAGAAGAUUUUGGUGCGGCUAAACAUGUCAUGAAAUAUCGAGUUAAAACUCGAGCUUCCAUAGAAGGCAUUUGUUACCAUUUUGAAACAGGAGCCUCUGUCUUUCGCGUGGAGUUAAAGGUGUCGGGUCAUACGGCCGGUAAGGAUGUUAUUAUGUCAACUAUUAGGAGAGUUCAAAAAGGUUUAACGGCCGUUGCUUAUUACAUAAAGAACAGUAAAGUUAGUCCAGUUGAAAACAAAAAAGAACAAGAUGCCAGCAAAACGGGUGCAAAUAGUUCAACAUCACUGGCGGGUGCUUUUAAAGCAAUUAAAGAGGCUUCAUCACCGAAAGAGGGAGCGGGAAUAGUUUUAGGAAGAAGUGUGCAAAGGGCUAGUUUGUUUUUAAACACUAUCAAUAUUGAUUAUGAUUUUGGAGAAUUUUAUAAUCGUUCCGAAAAAAAUCCUUUUGAAAUUCGUUUUGAGUAUUCCGACCAAUUGUUUGAUAAUCUUUAUAACAACAACAAUGCUUCAGUAGCCCAAGAAAUAGACGUUAGAUUUAAAUGUUUAAAUAAUAUUGUCUAUCAAGAAGGAGCCACAAGUUCAGUAAUUUUUUAUAGAAGAGAUACUUUCGACACUGAUUUCCCUAGUUUAAAACUUCGGCAUUCGCAACAUAAAUCUUUCAUGCCAGGCAUGACUAGUUCUGACCCUCAAUUACAAGGUGGUUUGGCUGAAAUUACAGGGGAUAAAGGCGAUGAAGAUUUAGGACAAACUAAUCAACCAAGGGUUCUAAUUUCCACCAACGAUGAACUAGCUGAUGGACACCAUCAUGGCUGCUUUGAAUUGGAAUUUAGCAAACCAGUAAAAUAUUUUUACGAUGUUUAUACUUGUAUUGGGCGUGGAGCCAUGGGGCAAUUUAAUGAUUUACAUAGUGGAUAUAAUGGAGGGAGAAAAGAAGUGCCUCCAACUCAUAAGCCAUUUACCAAGGCUUAUGGUUUUAUUCCAUCAGGAGGAGUAAUUACUUGGAAAUUUAGACGAGAAACCAAAGGUGGAGUUAAAAUAGAUAAAAUUAACAAUCUUCCUCCUUUUGAAGGAGUAACUAAUGAUAUCAUUCCUGACCAAACUUUUGAUGGUGGAGAUGGUGACUUCAUAGGAGGAGGGGGAAUGGGCGGUCAGCAAGACACCCAAAUAGAUGAAUUUGGUUUUGAUGCAAGCGAAAUUAGUUAUUUGGAUGUUUUAGAAGGACAAGAUGAAUUAGAAAGGGAAAAUAUUGACGAAGCACAAGAUGAAAAUGUCGACGCAGUCGAGAGUGAGUUAUACGAGGCAGAAGAAAUAGGUGACGAAGAUACAGAAGAACAGACUUCAGCAACGCAAGACCAAGAUCAGUCAACCGACCAAGAUGCACAACAAUUGAAAGAAGAGCAAGAAAAGGCAAGUGGGCAAGAGGAUCAGAUGGAAGAUUAA